AAGAGAGACAAGGGAAGAGAGAGAGAGAAAGAGUGUGUGAGAGGGACAGAGAGAGGGCGGGAGAUACAGCAGCUGGAAGCAAGAGAGAAAAUCCCAGCCCAGCCUCUGCAAGCAUCAUUUUUCACAUCGGAUUUAAUCCGUUCUCGUCGACCACCAAUUCACGCCAAGAUAUGAGUUUCACCCGCUGAAGUUUACUUCAUGCUGAAUUGAACGUGGUCCAGUGGUGUCCUCCGCUCUCCAGUGUGCUGCCCUCCUCUUCCCAGUUCACUGCCCCUCUGUCUGUCUGGUGUGAGCAGCCAUGACUAAGUCCUAUGAGUUUAAUUGGCAGAAGCACCUGCCUGGCUUCAUGCAGGAAGGAGCUUCCUUCGACAGGUUUGAUGAGGACCCGUUUCUGUUUGAGCCCAACUGUCUGGUCAAAGUGGACGAGUUUGGCUUCUUCAUCACGUGGAAGAGCGACGGAAAGGAGGGCCAGGUUCUAGAAUGUUCUCUGAUCAACAGUAUUCGAGUCGGAGCCGUGCCAAGGGACCCUAAGAUUCUGUCUUCGUUCGAGGCAGCGGGGAAGAAAGAGGAGGAGCUGGAGGGAUGUGUCAUCUGUGUCUGUAGCGGGACCGAUCUCGUCAACCUCUCCUUCAUGUACAUGGUGGCUGACAGCCCAGACACAGCUAGGAAGUGGACGGAGGGUUUGAGGUCAGUGAUCCACAAUUUCAGAGCCAAUAACGUCUGUCCUAUGACCUGCCUCAAGAAACAUUGGAUGAGGAUGUGCUUUCUGACCAAUGUGAACGGCAAGAUCCCAGUGAGAACCAUCACACGGACAUUUGCAUCUGGGAAAACAGAGAAAGGAAUCUUUCAGGCUCUGAAGGAACUGGGGCUGCCUAGCGGGAAGAACGAUGAGAUAGAACACGCAGCGUUCCCCUUCGACAUCUUCUAUGCCCUGACUCAGAAGAUCUGCCCUCGUACUGACAUCGAGGAACUCUUCAAGAAAAUCAAUGGGGACAAAAGUGAUUUUUUAAACGUAGACCAGUUAGUCAGCUUUCUGAAUGAAAACCAGCGUGACCCGCGGCUAAAUGAGAUCCUGUUCCCCUUCUACGACCCUAAACGAGCCAUGCAGAUCAUCGAGAAGUACGAGAGAGACCCCGACCUCAAGAAGAAAGGCCGUAUGUCCAGCGAUGGCUUCUGCAGGUACCUGAUGUCAGAUGAGAAUGCCCCGGUGUUCCUGGACUGUCUGGAGCUGUACCAGGACAUGGAGCAGCCUCUGGCCCACUACUUCAUUGCCUCGUCCCACAACACCUACCUGAAUGGGAGGCAGUUCGGAGGGAAGUCCUCCGUGGAGAUGUACAGACAGGUGCUGCUCUCCGGCUGCAGGUGUGUAGAACUGGACUGCUGGGAUGGGAAAGGAGAAGACCAGGAGCCUAUCAUCACUCAUGGCAAGGCCAUGUGUACUGACAUCCUCUUCAAGGACGUGAUCUCAGCCAUCAGGGAAACUGCCUUUGUGACGUCUGAGUAUCCCGUGAUCCUGUCAUUUGAAAACCACUGCAGUAAACCGCAGCAGUAUAAGAUGGCUCGCUAUUGUGAGGAGAUCUUUGGAGAAUACCUACUGAGGCAUCCCCUUGAGGGAUUCCCUGUUGAGGCGGGUCGUCCCUUGCCUUCUCCCAACGACCUCAAACGCAAAAUCCUCAUCAAAAACAAACGCUUGAAACCCGAGGUGGAACAGAAGCAGUUAGAGUCUUUUAAGAAGCACAUGGAGGCAGGAGAGACCAACACACCAGCCAUCUUACUUGGAGCAGAGACAGAGGAAGAUGUGGAGAACGCUCUAGGUGACGUGAAGGAUGUGAUUCCUGACUUGAAGACGUGUACAUCAGAGGAACCUAGUGAAGAGAACAGCCUCAGCACCAGUGUCAGUGUCAGCGACAGUGUGAACAAAGACGGAGAGGAGAGGGAGGGGGACAACAGCAUCAAAAAGGUGGUGGAGGAGGAUCCAACAGAGAUGUCUGAGGCCACAGAAGCAACAGACGCCACAGACAUCUCCGAGGCGUCUGAGGAUAACAACAACAAGAAGACUGGCGAGACGACGGAUGACGAGGAGGCUCUGAUUGCCUCGUACACGUACGUAGGAGCCACCACCAACAUCCACCCCUACCUCUCUGCCAUGGUCAACUACGCACAGCCUGUCAAGUUCCAGAGCUUCGACGUCGCAGAAGAGAGGAACAUCCACCACAACAUGUCGUCAUUUAAUGAGUCAGUGGGUCUGGGUUAUCUGAAGACCAACGCCAUCGAGUUUGUCAACUACAACAAGCGUCAGAUGAGUCGGAUCUACCCUAAAGGAGGUAGGGUGGACUCCAGUAAUUACAUGCCUCAGAUCUUCUGGAACGCAGGCUGCCAGAUGGUCUCCCUUAACUACCAGACCCCAGAUUUGGCCAUGCAGUUGAACCAGGGAAAGUAUGAGUACAAUGGAUCCUGUGGGUAUCUGUUGAAGCCAGACUUCAUGCGUCGCUCAGACAGGAUGUUUGACCCCUUCUCAGAGACACCUGUGGACGGGGUCAUUGCUGCUACCUGCAGUGUACAGGUGUUCUCUGGUCAGUUCCUGUCUGAUAAGAAGAUUGGAACCUACGUGGAGGUGGACAUGUACGGGCUGCCCACGGACACCAUCCGCAAAGAGUUCCGCACGCGCAUGGUGAUGAACAACGGCCUGAACCCCGCCUACAACGAAGAGCCUUUCGUCUUCCGGAAGGUGAUUUUACCAGACCUGGCUGUGCUGCGCAUAGCUGUGUAUGACGACAAUAAUAAGCUGAUAGGUCAGAGGAUUCUGCCGUUGGAGGGUUUACAGGCAGGAUACAGACACAUCUCUCUACGCAACGAAGGGAACAAGCCUCUGUCUUUACCCACCGUCUUCUGUAACAUAGUACUCAAGACCUACGUACCCGAAGGCUUCGGAGCCAUCGUGGACGCCCUGUCGGACCCAAAGAAGUUCCUGUCCAUAGCAGAGAAGAGAGCGGACCAGAUGAGAGCUCUGGGGAUUGAAACGAGUGACAUAGCGGACGUACCAAACGAGAGUUCGAAGAACGACAAGAAAGGGAAGGUGAACGCCAACGUGAAGACCAACGUCACGCCACAGACCAGCUCGGACCCGGCUCAGUCCUCUAAGUCUGCCCAGAACAACACCACGGAGACCAAGAAGGAUACAAACACCCUCGUGCCGCAUGUGAACAUUGAUGACUUGAAACAGAUGAAGACGUACCUUAAACUGACUAAGAAGCAGCAGAAAGAUCUGAACUCUUUAAAGAAGAAGCACGCCAAGGACUGCACCAUCAUGCAGAAGUCCCACUGCACCCAGGUGGACAAGAUGAUCGCUCUGCACGACAAGGAGAAGCAGACACAGGAGAAGCUGCUGGAGAAGGCCAUCAAGAAACGAGGAGAAAACAACUGUCUGGAGUUGAAGAAGGAGACUGAGAGUAAAGUGGAGAACCUGACCACAGACCACAAGGCCAAGGUGAAGGACAUCACAGCCCAACACACUAAGGAGUGGUCAGAGAUGAUCAACUCCCACAGCAGUAUUGAGCAGGAUAUGAAGGACAUCCACGUGGUCCAGCAGUGUGAAAACCUCAAGAAACUACUGAGUGGAGUCCAGGAACAACAGACUCUCUCGCUCAAACUGAUCCACGAACGGCAGAGCAAGGAGAUGCGGGCCAACCAGGCCAAGACGUCCAUGGAGAACAGCAAGGCCAUCAGCCAGGACAAGACCAUCAAGAACAAGGCCGAGAGGGAGAGGAGAGUUAGAGAGUUGAACAGCAGCAACACCAAAAAGUUCCUUGAGGAGAGGAAAAGGUUGGCUAUGAAGCAUCAGAAGGAGAUGGAGACACUGGAGAAGUCUCAGAAAGAACAGCUAGAGGAACUGGACAAGUUCAAUGAGCAGCGUUUGAAAUCACAUCAUGCCAAUAAACAGUGUCAAGGCCAAGGACAUCCAGCAGAUGGUGAAGCUGGAGGAGGAGAUGGACCGCAGACCAGCCACAGUGGUUUAACCACUCCCACCACCUGAGACACACACAGAAACACACACACACACACUGCCCAGACCAGCCACAGUGGUCUGAACACCCCCACUAGCACCUGAGACACACACACAGACACUGCCCUCUCAAACAACUGACACAGAGACCCAGACACACUCACACACCCCACUACACACACACACCCUAGAUUCCGCCUUUCAUCCUCAACCUGCAAUAUUGUCAUAGUUCAUAAUUCUCUAUCCCUGUAUAUCUCCCUCUGCAAUGAACCACUCCCACACAGGGUCUGUCCUCCCAUCUCUGACCACUCUCUGUUACAGAGUUAUCCCACGUGCUAUUCCCAAACCUUGCCCUCCUUCACUCCAACCACUCCUCCACUGAAAACCCCACUCUGAGACAUCCCCAGCUCCCCUGUGCUGCGGAGCCAUUGAUGCAGACCAGUGAUUGACAGUAAGAUGAGCGACUGCUGUUGGAAGGUGGACGGGACAUCCGAAACAUUGAGAGACACAACCAACCUUCACCUUUCCAUUUUUCCACCACUCUACCAUUCCCGGAUCUGCUUUUUAUAACACCUCCAUCCAUCAUCUUUUUUUAAAAUCUGUUUUUAAUGGAAGCAACGUUUGCAGAUAUGAUCAAUAGUCACUGUACACGCACAUAACGAUACAGACAACACACUUACACACACGUACUAUCACGUCUGCUCUUUCUGUUGUCAUGACGGCUCAAACCGAAGUUAACAGAUCAUGUUUUCUGUUCAAACUCUUUUAAGACUUUUAUUUUGUAUUUUUAAUGGUACCGGGUAUCAACAACAGCACCAGAAUAUGGGACGGGGAAAAUACGUAUAUAUUAGUUAUGAAUUUUAUGUCAGCACAAAAUAUGUGAAUUAUACUGUAUGCUACACAAGAGUUGAAGUCAUGUCCUGAGCACUUUAUAUGUGGUAGGCCAUCAUAACCGAAUUGGAAAAUGUAGCAGUGCACUAGGUUUCUCUGUUGUUUUGAUAAGAAUGUAAAAAAUAAAAAAUAAAAAUAAAAAGAUGAAGACAAACGUUGGAUGAACGGUGUUCGGAGAAAAACCCCAAACCCAACGUCAGGUAGUCCUUAACACUGCGGCUUGUCCUUCAUGCACACUUUUUUAUUUCAUCAGAAUGUGUAUUAAUAUGAUUUCCCCCCCCACCCCCCCCACCCCAAGAAACCUAAAAGCCUACACCUGAGAUUCUUUGAUUCUUUCACACCGCCAGACGUGUAUGCAGGGGGUGUGACUGUAUCGACCAGUGUUCCUUCACUGGCCUCUCUAGCCACUUCAGAAAUAACCAGUUAAUGUAUUGUACUUGUCAAUGGCAAACGUAAUAAGUCUUCAUAAACUCCCAACGUGGACCCGUUUUCAACAAUCUAUACACUACCAUGUGUUUUCAUAGACCCUUUGACUCCCGAUAAGUACAGCAGCCUAAUGUAAGUGAAACACCCAUCUAGCUCUGCUCAUUCCUCAGUAAUGAAAACAUUGUUUCAAAUGGUGUGCGCUCUGAGAUGCACUUCUGACUGUACCUCAGCUGCAAUAUAAUCCCUGUACUGUUCUUGCCUGUGCCAUAGCCAGGGGGAUUAGGUAUGGUAAUAACAGGCUUAUUACAUGCUUAUUACAUGGUUUUUACAUGCUUAUUAAUUCCCUUUACUGGCCUCUGAGCUAGCUGGCGACACAUCCCUUAGCAGCUCAGAACAGUAUGUUGUGCGGGCGUUUCUAGUUGAUUUAAUUUCAAACCAGAUAUUCCUGUGCCGUGUUAUCGGUGAUGAAGCAAAGCUGUGUAGAAAAGCACUUCAUUGGCUAUCGGAGUGGAUAUCAAAACAGACCGACCAUGUCAGGACAGGAAGUACUAGUUUGUUGUUGUUUCUGGUUUUGUAGAGACAGUAAGGAUGGACUUAACAGAGGUUCAUAGCUCGCUGUGUCUCACCCAUGAUGACACAAUGGAGUUGGAUGCGCCUAACAUCUGAUCUAGGGUCAGAUAUAGUUUCAUCCCACUUAUGGUGAACGUUAGAUUUGGGUGAAGGGUAGCCUAACCUCUGGCAGUGACAGUAUUGGACAGGUGGACAUUUUAGUGAGAGAUGCAUUGUGGGAGCUUUGUUAUGAAGUAAUCAUGGGUACUGUAGUUUGUGUGCAUAUACUGUGUA